GAAUCACGCCGAGAAAUGGAGGACUGGCUGCAGGCCCUGAAGGCUGCUUCGGCACGCGAAUUUUUCGAACCAGGACCACCGGAUCAACACGAUUUCCUUUCCGGUCACCAUCAUUGGUAUGCAACAUCUCAUGCACGGCCUACGUACUGCAACGUCUGCCGGGAGGCACUGUCCGGCGUUACGUCCCAUGGGCUGUCCUGUGAGGUGUGCAAAUGCAAGGUGCAUAAACGGUGCGCUGCAAAGGCAAUUUCGAACUGCAAAUGGACAACGCUCGCCAGCGUCGGCAAGGACAUCAUCGAGGAUAACGAUGGGAACAUCGUGAUGCCCCACCAGUGGAUGGAGGGCAAUCUGCCCGUUUCGUCCAAAUGUUUGGUGUGCGACAAGACGUGCGGUUCCGUGAUGCGUCUGCAAGACUGGCGAUGUCUCUGGUGUCGCUCAACGGUGCAUACCGCUUGCCGGCCCCAGGCACCGAAUUCGUGCCCACUAGGACCUGCCCGCGUAUCCAUGGUGCCACCGACAUCGCUGCACUCGAUCGGGCUGGACGAGGCGUGGGACGUUUGCAAGCCUCACGGCAGCUUCUCGCCACUGCUCGUGUUCGUGAACUCGAAGUCGGGAGACAAUCAGGGGGUGAAGUUUCUGCGCCGCUUCAAGCAGCUCCUCAAUCCGGCCCAAGUAUUUGAUCUCAUCUCGAGCGGCCCUGGCCUCGGGCUGCGUCUGUUUCGUCAUUUUGAUCCGUUUCGCAUACUGAUCUGCUCGGGCGACGGAUCCGUCGGCUGGGUACUUAGCGAGAUAGACCAUCUAAACAUGCAAAAACAAUGCCAAAUAGCAGUUCUUCCGCUGGGAACGGGAAACGAUCUGGCACGCGUUCUCGGCUGGGGAAGCUCCUGCGAUGAUGACGCACACCUGCCGCAGCUUCUCGAACGGUACGAGAAAGCCAGCACUAAAAUGCUUGACAGGUGGAGUGUGAUGGUUUUUGAGCGGGACAUUGGCAUCGCUACAACACGGACCCCAAAGAUGUCGAUCUCGCACUACGCGGAUCCGCUGCUAUCACAGUACGAAGACAGCGCACUGUGGCAUCUGCAGUCAAUUGUAUACAACGAAGACACUCAAAUGAUGAUACAAUCGACGAGAAUCCUAUGCGAAACGGUCAAUGACUUUAUCGCUAGAGUAAGAGAAACCAGCUCCGACGAAGAGCAAUUAAGCGUCAAAUGUGAUAUUUUAAGACAAAAGUUAGGAAUGUUAUUAGAUACUCUGAAGGAUGAGGAAGCUGGUCUUCAUGGUGACGACGAAUUAUUUAGAACACUGAAAGAAAUUGCUCAAAAAAGUGCCUCAGAAAGACCAAUAGAUACAAAAACAAUAGAGAAAAACGAAAAAGAUAAAUUGAAUUCCAAAGAGCGCAUCAGUAGAAUAGACCGUCGUUCAGAAAAGGAAGCACUUUUAUGCCGGGCCAACAGCCUCAAGCGAGCAAUACAUGAAGUGGUGGAGAUGAGCGAAAAAGUAAUACCGUACGCACCACAGAAGCGCCUUUCCGUGCCUAUGAACACACUUAGAGCCACCGCUUCCUCAUCGGAUAAUUCAGCCAACACAUCUCCGGCAACGUUGCCACCUCCUCCCGGCAUGAUAUCGCCCUCGGUGUCUACAUCACGAUUAACCUGCAUUUCACCCCUGCCGGAUAUGCGGCGCGAUUCGAUGGAUGAGCAUUUUUUCAGCACUCUCAAUCUACCAGUACCGAAACAGUUUGCCGACGGUGGCAGUCGCCGAAGUUCCGGCGUACCGGAGUCGUAUCGCAUCUCCAGCAUCGAGGAGCUGGAGGAGAACAGCGUUCACACGGAGCCAAAAAUGGCAGAACCCAUCCUCGAACCACCGCUGGAGGGUGAGUCUGAAAUAGCGACCGACAAUCAGGCCCGGGAUCAAGAUGAUACGUUGAACCAAAAAUCCACGACCACUACGACGUCCGAUUCGCAGUCGACAACGGCACCGUACGACUUUUCCUUCGAGUCGGAUACUAAGACGGUGAAGUUUGAUCUUGAUCCGAACAGCGCAUUCGAGCGGUUAGGCUUUAAACCGUUUAAGAAAACCAUCGAACAGCAUCACCAGCAGCAGAUGGCUGGGUUGGGCAAUGGACAUCAUCGUAGCGAGGGUGGCUACAUGCAGUUUCAGCCUAUUGAAGUGUACGAGCGUAAUUAUUAUCGCACCCAAGCGCAACGCUUGAGCGCCACGGGUACGUGCAAAGUUGGUCUGGCUGGUUCCGAACCGACAUCAUCGAAGCCUGGCUCUUCAUGCAAUAUGCUGCAGGUGCCCACUAUUUGUAUUCCGAGUCUUGAAAAACCACCGGAAAACAUCUAUUUUAGUGAAAACAUUACUAUCAUCGAUACGGACAUGCCGGAACGAUCGUCUUCCGAUGAGGUACCCGGCGAUGGCAGUGAUAUCCUAUCAGCAAUAAGCAACGAAGAAUGUAGCGUUACGUCGGAGAUACUCGACAGACAAUCAGAUAACAACUCGCAGGUGCAUGUAGGUGAUAUUAUACAGGAUUUGGACAACGACCGCUUCAGCCAUAUCGAUUCGCCGGAAACGAGCGACACAACGGAAGCGUUACACGGCGAAAGCCUGAUGGAUGACAUAAGCUCAGUACUGGGACAGGAUUUGCUUGGAGCGUUGCAGGAUAAUACCAUCACGGAAGACACGACCACUCUGUGCACACUGGAUCACACGAAGCGAAGAAGCUUUAAGGCAAAGCAGCAGCGCAACGAUACCGUCGAGCUGGAACAGUGCGGGUUCGAAAACCGUGUGUUCGAUAUCGACAAUCGGUGCGAUGAUCAGAAAGUUAAGGAACCCCGAUUUUGCAGCUUGGCCAAGUUCGUGGAAGGGAACGAUAUUGCGCGCAAGAGCUUCAAACGACCGCACCGGGGCAUGACGCGAAGCCUGGGAACAGGGUUCACCAACCGUCUGUCCGUCGGUGAGAAUGAGUACGAAAACAUUAAAACAUUUGCGCGCAACUUGCUACCGAUACACGGCUCACCUUCGGAUAUGUCUGUAUCGGAAACGGAUACAGUUCGCUCGUCUGGCUUCGAGUAUAAGAAGCUAGUAUCUGCGGCAAAUCCGGAAGAUGAAGAUGAAAGUCUGCCUGAUGAUGAUUUAGGCGAGCGUUCGUCUAGUGAAAAUGACGAACCGCAGGGUCAUACACACGCGGAGGAAGAUGAUGAUGACGAGGAGGAGGAAGAAAAGGAAGAUGACCUAGAUGGCCAAGGGGGUGGGCGAGCGGAUAGUGAUGACGAAGGUGAAGGCAAACAGGUUGAUCAUGAUGAGCACGAGAAGGAUGAUCGAAGCGAGAAAAGCUUCCGGUUACCGUGCAUCCCAACGAUCAAUGUGGUAGUGGAGCCCCCGUCUCCUGCCAUUAGUGAUGAAUUGCGAUCGCUGCGGGUGCCGGAGAUACGGCGCCACUCGGAGCAUACACCGAACAUGCUGGCACCGCGCGAAAUCGACAUCAAUCGCCGGCACUCGAACAACAAUCCGAAUCUGUUGGGUUUCGAUUCGGAACACAUUCGCUUCCUAAAUUGCUCCCCAGCUGCAUCGAGGCGCAUUAGCAGUGGCAGCUUGCUGUUUAAACCGGAGGGUCUGGGAAGCUCCAAGAGUAACAUCUUCAGUUCCAACCUAGGACUGUUCAAUCUGGACAAGGACUCUGAUGCCAGGGAGGACAGGAAAAAGGAGGAAAAGGAGGAGAGAGUGAAGAAGCUACCCAUCAUCAACCCUCUUGUCCGAUUGCCGUCCUGGCCAAAUGUAAGCACUGGAACCGGCUUUAUAUCGAAGUGUUUGCUCGCUAAUGCCGACACCUUGUGCGCCGCCGUAAGUCCACUGAUGGAUCCGGACGAAACACUGCUCGAAGGAUAUUACGAGAAGGCGGUAAUGAACAACUACUUCGGGAUUGGCAUUGAUGCGAAGAUUUCACUCGAUUUCCACAACAAACGUGAGGAGCAUCCGGAGAAGUGUCGAUCGCGUGCCAAGAAUUACAUGUGGUACGGUGUACUUGGGUCGAAACAAUGGUUGCAAAAAACGUACAAAAACCUGGAGCAAAAGGUGCAGCUCGAGUGCGACGGACAACGCAUCCCGCUGCCUUCCUUGCAGGGUAUCGUAGUGCUGAACAUUCCCAGCUUUAUGGGUGGCACAAACUUCUGGGGCAGUAAGAAGGAGGACGAUUGCUUCCUGGCACAGAGUUUCGACGAUCGCAUACUGGAGGUGGUGGCAGUGUUCGGAUCCGUGCAGAUGGCUGCGUCACGGCUUAUCAACCUACAGCAUCAUCGGAUAGCUCAGUGUCAGAGCGUUCAGAUCAAUAUUCUUGGUGAAGAAUGCGUUCCGAUACAGGUAGACGGAGAGGCCUGGUUGCAACCGCCUGGCAUGAUACGGAUCAUACACAAGAAUCGCGUACAAAUGCUGUGCCGCAAUCGUAGCCUGGAGGUGUCACUGAAGAGCUGGCAAGAGAAGCAACGUCAGCACAGUAUCAGCAUCGCUCGGGAACAACCUUCAACCGCGUCCGAGCAUCACGUCGCUCCUUCCGAGGAUAUGUUUUCGGAGCGUGAAACGUACCUACUGCUGAACUUCAUCGAAUGUGUCAGCACGCUGGUAAAGUGGGUGAAGUUUCUCAUCAUAUCACACCCAUCGCUGCAGCCAAACCUUUACGUUGUGGCCUCAAAGACAGCGGAUGCUCUGGAGUCCAUCCAUCCUGGUGGCAAAAUCAUCGAGGGACCAAAUCUUCGUCGGCAGCUGACACAGUUGGUUCGAUGCGCUAGACAGCUGUAUGAGGAUACGUGUGAACUGUUGAGAGAGCGCAGCCAUAGUCUGAUACUCAGAGAAGACCUGGAGACGAAGCUAAGCGUUUCGCUGGCAAACAUGGAAAUGGAGCUUGGUAAGUGCACGCUGCAGCAAUCGUCUGAGACUGGUGAGACAAGGGUGUAUCUGAACGUGUUGGCACCGAACGAAGAAAUCGAUCAUCGCAAAAAACAAAAGCCGUUUUGGUUGCGGUUCCGCAGCGGACACAGCUCUCACCACGGCCCGGCAGCAACGGGAACUGUAUCGAAAGCAGCCACAACAUCACGUGAGACGGUCAGUAAUUGGGGUGUGGGAGAGGUAGUUACUUGGUUGGAAGCGAUGCAACUGUCGGAGUACGUGGACAGUUUCAUCAAGAAUGACAUACGCGGAAAAGAGCUUCUCACACUGGCGCGCCGUGAUUUGAAGGACCUAGGCGUUACCAAGGUCGGACACGUGAAGCGUAUUCUGCAAGCAAUCAAAGACCUAGGAACAGGGUAG